GACAGGACAGGACCUUCAAACAGGCCGUUCGGAAGCACACGCGGUUCUGGAGUUUUCAAGCCGCACAAGGUACCCCAGCAGCUUCCGGGGUCGCUUUACCUCCUCUCACGCACUUAGGCCGCGCGCACCCAUUGGCUGCUUCCUGACACUUCCUCGUGCUACCUCAGCUCCCGACUCUUCAGCUUCCAGCACGUCCCGCCCCCGCCCAAGGCUCCGCCUCUUCCGGUUUCCGCGCUGCCAUCUCAUUGGCCCAGCGUCCUCGGUCGGGCAGAGGUUCCCAUCUCUGUCCCUCCUACUGGGCAGGCUGCCUGCCCCUCAGAAAUGUCAACCAAUGGGAACAGACCAGGAACUCCUCGCUCAGCCAAUGGGGCGAGGGCGCGAACUAUAAAAGGCCCGGUCAGCGCCGCCCGGGAGCUCCCGAGCCGCUGGGGAGUCGUUGAGGCGCCUCCAGGGGGCGCCCCGAGGCCGCAGCAGCCCCAGGUCGCGACUGGAAGAGCGUCCGCGCGAGGGUAACCUCCUGAGGCCCCGUUGAGGCUCCGCCGAACCCGCACCCCCAGCUCCGUGGGGCUCAUCCUCUCCCCCCGUCAUGAGUGUCCCACAGUCUGUCCCACCGCCCGCGGCGACGUCGGGCGAUGCGCGGCCCGCAGCAGCUGACGAGGCCCCCCCGCUGCCCAGCGCGCCCCCCGCCCGCAGCCUCACCAUCGAUGACUUUGACAUCGGGCGCCCCCUGGGCAAGGGGAAGUUCGGGAACGUGUACCUGGCCCGGCUCCGGGACAGCCAUUUCAUCGUGGCCCUCAAGGUCCUGUUCAAGUCGCAGCUGGAGAAGGAGGGGAUGGAGCACCAGCUGCGCAGGGAGAUCGAGAUCCAGGCGCAUCUGCAACAUCCCAAUAUCCUACGCCUGUACAACUACUUCCAUGAUGAGCGGCGCGUGUACCUGAUCCUGGAAUACGCACCACGGGGUGAGCUCUACAAGGAGCUGCAAAAGAGCCACACGAUCGAUGAGCAUCGCACGGCCACGAUCAUGGAGGAGCUGGCGCACGCGCUGGCCUACUGCCACGAGAACAAGGUGAUCCACCGGGACAUCAAGCCGGAGAACCUGCUGCUGGGGCUCCGGGGGGAGGUGAAGAUCGCGGACUUCGGCUGGUCCGUGCACACCCCCUCGCUGAGGAGGAAGACCAUGUGCGGGACUCUGGAUUACUUGCCCCCGGAAAUGAUCGAGCAGAGGACGUACAGCGAGAUGGUGGACCUGUGGUGCAUCGGGGUGCUCUGCUACGAGCUGCUGGUGGGAAAUCCCCCCUUCGAGAGCUCCUCCUACUCCGAGACCUACAGGCGCAUCCUCAAGGUUGAUGUAAAGUUUCCUCCAUCGAUACCUUUGGGGGCCCAGGACUUGAUCAGCAAGCUUCUCAGAUACCAGCCCUCGGAGAGGCUGCCGCUGGCCCAGGUCCUGCAGCACCCAUGGGUGCAGGCCCAUUCUCGGAGGGUGGAGCCUCCACCCGCUCCGUCGGCCUCCUGAGCCCUGCCCACCCCGGUUCUUAUGUGUUUGUUCAGGGAGCUCUCCUGGCUCUGCUAUCAUGUCUGUCUUUUGUGUCUUCACUGUUAGAAUAUAAGAUGCUAAUUAAUAAAAGAUUAAU